CUGAGCGCGUCUGUGUGUCUGUUAAUCCAGCGGGAUUGUAGCGACUGUUGCGCACAAGAAACACAUGAUCCGAUUACUAUCAGACUCUUCCUCACCUGCAAGGACACGUAGAUAAACAACAGGCGCGGAAAAGACGCUCCUUUCACGAAACCGAGUGUAAUUCGUGCUGUAUUUUUCUUUUUGUGCGCGUGAAGAUGAGGCUCCCGGACUGCAGAAAGCGAUGCGGGAUGGACGGAGAGGAUGGAGAAAAGGAGCUGGCUCUCCCUUUCAAAAACCCUUUUGUACACGAGUUAAGGUUUACACCGCUUCAGAAACUUAAGCUGGGUGUGAUGACUCUGACCCUGUUCCCCGUGCGCCUCUUCUUCGCCGCAUUCAUGAUGUUGUUGGCGUGGCCCUUCGCCUUCAUCGCCACCGUAGGACGUAGUGAGAGCAGCGUCGAGCCUCAGUGCUUCUGGAGGAGGGUGGUGGAUGUCGUCCUGCGCCGCCUCAUGCGGGCCAUGUGGUUUGCAGGUGGCUUCCACUGGAUUAGGGUCAAAGGUCAGCGUGCGCUGCCUGCCCAGGCGCCCAUCAUCACCCUCGCGCCACACUCGUCUUACUUUGAUGCCAUGCCUGUUACUAUGACGAUGGCCUCCAUAGUCAUGAAGGCUGAGAGCAAGGACAUCCCACUGUGGGGGACUCUGAUUAAAUAUAUCCGGCCCGUGUUCGUGUCGAGGUCGGAUCAGGACUCGCGCCGGAAAACCGUAGAGGAGAUCAAACGCAGGGCUCAUUCCCAAGGGGUGUGGCCUCAGAUCAUGAUCUUUCCUGAGGGGACGUGCACCAACAGGUCCUGUCUGAUCACGUUUAAACCAGGUGCUUUUAUUCCAGCUGUGCCUGUACAGCCGGCUGUCAUACGCUACCCCAAUCAGCUGGACACGAUCACUUGGACAUGGCAAGGUCCCGGAGCGUUUAAGAUCCUGUGGCUCACCCUGUGUCAACUCCAUAAUGAACUUGAGAUUGAGUUCCUCCCAGUCUACAUCCCCAGUGAGGACGAGACGAAGAACCCACAGCUGUUUGCUCAGAAUGUGCGCCGCAUCAUGGCCAAGGCACUGCAGAUCCCUGUGACUGAUUACUCAUUUGAGGAUUGUCAGUUGGCCAUGGCAGAGGGACAGCUCAGACUACCGGUGGACACGAGUCUGCUGGAGUUUGCUCGUCUCGUCAGGAGACUAGGGCUGAAGCGGGAGAUCAGUGAGAUUGAGGGUUACAGUCGGAAGGCACGGGAGCUGAAGGGAGUAAAACAGAACACAGAGCAGUUCUCUCACUUCCUGGAUCAGCCGCUGUCCGAGGUGCUGAGGGACAUGUUCGCCCUGUUCGACGAGCAAUACGAGGGUCUGAUGGACGUACGCGAGUUUGUCAUUGCCUUCUCUGUAGUGUGCAGACCCACCAAAACACUGGAGACCAUCAGGCUCGCCUUCACGAUGUUUGAGCAGACGCAGGAUGGAGGAGUAACGGAGGAGGAGCUGGAGUGUAUCUUGCACACGGUUCUGGGAGUGACGGAGCUCAGAGUGUCUCGGCUCUUCCGCGCCAUCGACGUGGCAAACUGUGGAAAAGUGACGUUCGAGUCGUUCAAGGAUUUCGCCGAGCAGCAGCCGGAUUUCGCCGAGGAGUUUCUGUACGCCGAAAACACAGGCUUCUUCAGCAGCUUCCUGUCUUCCGGCAUCGCCUCCAACGGCUUCUGCGCCGACUUCUCCCCCAGCGAGCGACAGAAGAAGGUCAAAUGAAGAACGGCGGGUCGUCGGAAAAGAGCCAGUGCGUGAAAACAAAGUUUACUCAUGACACUUGUAUUCUUCUCCUGCUCAUUUUUUUUCUUGCUUCCUUUUUUUCCCCCCCAACCCUCAAAAAAAAAUUCCUUCCAUUUUCACUUCUCCAAAUCUUUUCCGAUGGAAUGAUUCUGAUUCGUUGCCUCCGACAACCAGUGAGAAGGAGGAGGCUGGAUUUACAAGUUCUCUUAAGAAUUAAAAAUUGUUUAACUUUUAGAAAGAGCCAUGAAGAGGGAAAUAUGAAAAGUCAAAUAUUUUUCGAAAUGAUUUUUUAGUCAGUAGUUGGCUUUAGGCACAUAAUUUUUUUUAAAUAUAUAUAUAUAGUAAACUAAAAUGUUUUUGAUGCUAAUGAACUUUUGUAGCUAGAAUGUUUCAGCUACAAAUCAAAAUCCUUUCUGCCUUGAGAACGACUUUGGGUUUUUGUUUGUUUAUUCAAAACGUUUCCAUAAGCUCCGGGUUUUUUUUAUUUUAUUUUUUUUGGGGGGGGGGAGCCAAACGGUCUACUUGAAAUCCGAGCGCUUGUUUAGUUUUCACCAUUGAAAUGUCGGAGCUGAGAAUAGAACAAAAAAAAAAUCUAGAUAGAAAAGGCCAAUGACUCGUUUUUUUUUUGUUUUUUUUUUUUUUUAAAUAUAUAUAUAAAUAUAUAAACAAACUGUAGAUGCCUUUCUUUAGUGUGCAUGGGUUUGUUGCUUGCUAUCACAGUAUUGUUACAGAUUUUUUUUUUUCACUCACUCUCGGGUCCAAAAGCGCCAGUGAUUAAAAUCUGAUGAUCAGAUUCUGAGGUGCGGAACGAUCCGACUGGUCUGAUCUCAGCUUAGCCUGUCUGAUUUUUAAUACAUUCCAUUUGUUUAAGCUCAGGGUUUUGGUUCACUUUUUGGGCGUGUCUUUUUCCAAUGUCGCCAAACGGCGAUUUAUUCGUUUUUUGUUUUUUUUUAUAGUUCCGUAUCUCAAUAAUGUCUAACGUAAUCAUAACGUUCUUCAAGACACACGCCUUCUCUUCGUCGAUGUUUCCAUAGUUAAAAAGAUGUUAACCAACAAAUAAUAAAAACUUAUCUAGCGAAUUGAUUGUUUUUUUAUUGUAAGUGAAACUGACGACCAAGCUGUAGUGGAUGAUUUAACUGAUGCUAACCGGCUAGCAAGAUUCAUGCAUGCUAGCAAGUUUAAAAUGACUCAGCAUUUGUUUUGCUGCGCGAAACUACAACCGACAAUCAGCAAAAACACAAAUUUUGAGCCGUUGUGAAAAUCAGAUAUUUCUUUAAGGUAGACCCAAAUACAAUCCUGCUCACUAUUAUUGGCACCCCUUUAUGUUUUGCAUAACUGAGUGAAUGUCUUCAGAAAUAAAUGGAAAUGUACCAAAUUUAUAGCAGUGGGAUCUUUUAAUUGGAGGUCCAAAGUAAUUUAACAAAGACAAUUGUUAUUUCAACAUAGAUAUUGUAAUUCCAAAGGAAAAAAAUAAAACAGAAAACCAGCAUGUGCACUAAUAUUGGCACCCCUCCUUAAUAUUUGGUUGCACACCCCUUGGCAGCGAUGGCAGCCUCCAAAUGUUUCUUAUAUCUAUCUAUCUAUCUAUCUAUCUAAGCUUCUUGCAAUUCUCGGGUGGUAUUUUCUCCCACACUUUCUUUGCAAUAUGCUCAAGCUCUUGAACAUUUGCAGGGUUCCUUUCUCCAAUGGCAAAUUUCAGCUUCCCCAAAGAUUUUCAAUUGGAUUGAGACCAGGACUCAUUGCUGGCCAUUUUAAAACACACUCUUUUUUUUCCCUUUCAACCAUUCCUGCAUGCUUUUGGAGCUGUGCUUUGGGUCUUUAUCCUGCUGUAGGACCCAUGAUCUUCACCUCAAUCCCAGUUUCCUUGCACUGGGCAAGACAUUUCGCUCUAGAAUUGCUUGAUAAUCUUCUGAUCUCAUGAUGCCUGUGAUACGGUCAAAGCCUUAGGUAGCAGAUGCAGCAAAGCAGCCCCACAGCAUCAUGGAACCUCCACCAUGCUUGACUGUUGGUAUGGUGUUCUUUUCCUUAAAGGCUUUAUUGUGCCGUCUGUAAACGUACGGUUUGUGUGCAUUACCAAAAAGCCCCACUUUUGUUUUGUCUGUCUAUAAAACAUUGUCCCAGGUUUGUCCAGGUUCUCUUUCGCGAAGAUCAAUCGUUCCUUUUUGUCUUUUCUUCAGCAAUGGGGUCUUCCUUGGCCUCCACCCAUAAAGCCCCGCUUUGUUUAGUGUGUGGCGUAUGGUACUUGUUGAUACAGUUACACCAGACUGCUCCAGGUUGGUCUUCAGAUCUUCAGAUGUUUGACGUGGUGUUUUUUUCCACCAUUCGCCCCAACUUCUGUCAUCAAUUUUUCUCUUCCCCCUCAUGUACAAGGAGGUUCUUGACCGUUCCAUGCCUGGAAAACUGCUUAAUAACAUUACGCACCGUUGAAACAGGGAUACCAAGGUCUUUGGAGAUGGCCUUAUACCCUUUGGAGGUCUUGUGCUUGCAAAUAAUAGCGUUUCUGGUGUCCUCAGACAGCUCCUUUGUCUUUACCAUUGUCACACAUGACGAGGGAAUAACAGGUGGCUUUUUAAAACACCAAAAUGAUCAUUCAUUGGCUAAUUCAUGUCACAUGGCUGGAGGCAAUUCAUCACAGUUGAUCCUCAUUUGUGAUUUGCACCGGCUGAGCCAAAUUGGGUUUCCAUACUGAUUUGCAGCAAAGGGUGCCAAUACCAUUGACACAGCAAGCAUUAUGUUUUUCUAGGUUUUCCUCAUAAUGUUCAUCUUUUUAAAUGUUCUUUAUCGUUUGCUGUUUUGUAUCGAACACAAGCUAUCUGUAGUAAUAUGUUGUUUCACUUGAUAAAUUUCCUUCAGUCGACAUUCCACAAUAUGUACAUAAACGUCAUGGGUGCCAAUAAUUGUGAGCAGGACUGUAUUGGAUAAACCAUGACACAAAUAUAAAACACUGAUAAACUAUUGUGAUGGAAAACACUGGUAUAUGUCUUCCGGUUGGGGUGGGAAGGGGUGUGGAAGAUGUGAGAACAUUUUGUCGUUGACACACAUUUUGUCGUUGACACACAUUUUGUCGUUGACACACAUUUUGACACAUUUUGUCGUUGCAAUAUCGAAGUUCAAACUUUGUGUUAAAAUUAGACACCAAAAAACUUCUCAUCCAUUUUUUUUUUUUUUGGACAGCAGCUUAAACCCACAAACGUUUGUAAUCUGUGAUCUGGAACAGACUGCGCUGAAGCUAAUGCUGAAGUCUCAGCGCUAGCUUCGCCUUAAUCGCGGUUUAUCCUCGACGUGGAAAUCGACUCACGAAUUCGUCAAAACGUUUUAUCAAAACAAAACACUAACCGUAGAACGAAGCAAUAAUAAGCUUCAAAACAAUCGUGAAUUUUUUUUUUAUAGAGAUUUUUGUUCAGUCGUCGUUUUCGUACACAACUUCUACAUCUUUGCUCUUUUUUUUUUUUUUUUUUUUUUUUUAAACAAAUCAGGAAGUGAUGAACAAAAUGAAUUUUAAACGAUUGAAAAUUCCAUAACAAAUUUGAAUUCCAGUGCAAUUUUUUAAAAUUUUGUUUUUGUUUUUGUUUUUUCUGGACCAGGAUUUUUUUUUUCCCAUCACCAAUUUUUGUUUUGGGUUUUAUUCCUCCUUGGCUUACAGGGAAAAGCUGAUCAUCUCACAAUGUGAAAUGAAACUGGGAAAUUUAGAAUUUGUGUUCCUGUUGAUAGAAUUAAAUUUUUUUUUAAUUUAAUUUUCUUUUUUUUAUUAUUAUUAUUUCUCAAAACACCUGUUUUCACUGUCGCUGUUUUUUUUUUUUUUUUUUUUUUUUAUAAUUUCUUGAAGGGAACAUAUUACAAAUCUGUACUGUGAGGUGUUUUAUUUAAAUGUUUAAAACAUUUUAAUCAUCCUUUACAUGUGUUUUUAUUUUGCUGUUGAAACAAAAUGGUUAAAGCCACUGAGCUCUUUUUUUACACACCACCUGAAAGUACAAUAUAUUUAUUUUAUUUUUUUUUGGACCAUGUUACGACUUUUUGUAACAUUUUAAAGAGACUCGGUAUGAUUUGAUAUGAAUUUGCCAUUUGCGUAUGAAUUUAAGGAUCUGUUCUGAUCUUCGACUGUACGAUGAUGUACUGCCAUGUUCAUCUCCAUCAUUUUAUAGACUGGUUUUAUUUCAGGUCGUUAUUCGGGAGGAUUUAAAGACCGCAGUCGGACCAUUCCUUUCUGGAAAAGACAGAAUACCGAGUGCGACCGAAGGGAUUCUUCAUAAAUAUAAUCACAGCUUCCGUUAAUCGACGUAACACUCAAUCAAAGUCUGUUUUUAAUUCAUUAGUUAUUGUACAAAAUUGUACACGUGAAUAAUAAUACGAAUUUGUUUUUGUAGUAUUAUUCAUGCGAUUAUGAGCUUCAUGGAAAAGUCCCAGCAUGAGGAUCUCCGUCUGUUUACUGUUUUUUUUUUUGUUUUUUUUUUUUGUUUUUCUCGUCACACCACGAUAUCGUCUGAACGAUCAUAAAGACCUUUAUUAAACCCGGCUGUUUAUUCCUCCUGCUAUGGAGAUGUGUGAUCUGAUUUGGUGCGCUGAUGGAGAUCAUGCUGGAUUUAUCAAGAAUGCAGACAAUGAUGAUUUUUUUAUUAUUAUUAUUGCUAUACGAUUGUGCUAAUCGAUCUUUUUCUUCGAAGCGGCUCAAUCACACAGACCUGAGUCUCUUUGCCCUCAGUAAGAAAGUGAAUGUACAGACAGUCUGUCACGCCGCUCCGUCCUCGACGUGUUUAUCGAUGAACGUAUGACAGGACGGAAACGUGACGCUCGUCGUCCCUCUGUGCACUUUAAACUCUUUUUUUUUUAAACUUCUUGUUUCUUUUUUUUUGUUGUUGUUGUUCUCUUCAUUCUUCCGACUGGAAAGAAGUAUGUGAUGGUGUGAUGACAGUUGUCAGUGUGAAGACAGUGGAAAUCCUCUCCCCUCCCCUGCUGUACAUUUAUUCUGUACUGUGUUUUAAUUAUAGAGCUGGGAGCCAACAGGAAGCUGAACCACAGCUGACUUCACAUGUUUGAACUUUUUUUUUUGUUGUUGUCCCUGAAAAGCUCACUUUAUAAACACAGGACCAAAAAUCUGAAAGUUUUAAGACGUAACGUCAUUCCGCCGCCUCAGUGCCGUCACCUGUGUGACGAAUAAUACGACGUUAUUCCAUUUGACGUUAAUAUCUUUCGUUAAAUCGGCCGAUCUGACAAAAUCUUGAUGGCCAUCGGGUGAAGUUGGUCUUAUUCGAUCGUCUCAUUUUGCCCGCAGACGAUCGAAAACAAACCAAACUAUAAAGUAGUACGAAAUAAAGAGAAGUCUUCGCAGGUUUGUGUUUCUGCAGAUUAGGUGACGGUGUAGAAAGUCAGAUUGUGUCGGGUGUUCUGCGAAUCUGUGAGACAUAUAUAGUCGUAUAGUUUCAAGGAAAGCUUUAAGAUGUCUCUAAAUCGUCUUCACUGUCAGUUUUGUCACCUGACUGCUGAACCGAUUAGCGCCAUAAAAGGCAAACAAAAUCCAUGUGCGGUGAUUAGGGGACCAGAGAGCCACUGCUUUUUGUUUUUGUGUGUCCUUUUUUAUAUAUAUAUAUAUAUAUAUAUAUGCACCAUUUUGAGCUCCUCACAGUUCUGAGUGGUUUCCAUCCGAUCACAUCCAUUCCUGUGAGCUGAAGAUGAGGGACACACUCCGUCUCUCUGAUGGCUCCUGUAGUUUUGUUUUGUUUUGUUGUUUUUUUGUUUUGUUUUUUUUUAAUGAAAUGUUUCCAUGUGUCCUGUUUUUGACUGCCAUGUAAUGACUUAAUGACUUAUCAUUCCAAACCUUAAAUAAAAAAAAAAAGUUUAUGAAGCUA